GGUUGCCAUGACAACUCCUCUGUCGUCCCUCUGCAAGCCGGACGAGGAGAGCUCGAGGCCUGCGCCCGCUUUUGGCUUCGGGGGUCCCGGGAAGUGCGUUCUCUGCCGCCGCCGGCAGCAAUGGAGGCGCCGGAGAGGAGCGAGAAGGGAGGCAAGCUCGCCGCGGAGACGAGAGCCUCCGAGGAAGCGCUCGCCUUCUUGGCCGGCGUCGAGCCCGAGGAGCUGCCGAAGUGCGCGUUCGCCGACUCUCUGACGACGGCGUCGGAAGGCGGUCGAGACUUGGGGAGCUUCCGCGUGUCGGUGGAGUUCGCCCGCAGAGCGGGUCGGCCGUGUUUGCUGCUCCACGCGCGCAGCCGGGGCGCCGUCGACGACUCCCCGUGCGGAACGACGCUGACAGUCUACCUGACCGCCGACCUCGAGGUGCUGGAGGAAGAGCGCCACGAGUACGUCGAGCUCGACGGCCGCGUUUUGGACAAGCGCUGUCACAUGGUGCGACGGGACGGACAGAUGAGCGUCGAUCAAGUUAGCGGUGUCGGAAAGGAGGUGACGAGGGACAGCGUCUGGCAUCCCGCGGCCGCCCUCCGAGGGCUCGUAACCGAGGGCUCCAACUUCCUGCUCAUGCGCCUGAUGGCUUUGAGGAAGAAAGUGCCGGAACACAUGACCUUCCUCUCCUUUGACAACAAAUUGCGCAUCAGCCGCACCACCUUUCGAGAGCUGGAGCAGAAGCGGAUGGAGAUGAACGGGCAAACUGUGGACCUGUUCGGCGUGGAGAGGAUUCUUCAUUCCGUGGAUGAAAGCCCGACGACGUGGCACUGCUACUUUUUGCCCGACGGGCAUCUUGCGAGCAGAUCGCAGGUGGGCUCUCCGGUCACGAUGAGGUUACUGCAGCUGCCGUCACAGAACGAAGAAGCUUACGAGAAAAUCCCCUUGGUUUGGGAAGAAGACAUACAGAUGCGCUCCAAGUUCUUGGAUCGAAAGACGUCGGUGAAGAAUAUCUUCGUCCUGAGCAACAGGAGCCAGAGUCGUCCUGCGUUAAAGAAGAGGCGGAAGCGACAGAAGCCCCCCACAUCAAAGAAGAGGAGGAGGAGGAAGAGAUCACCAAGACACCAUUGACCUUUGUUCCUUUGAAGAUUGAAGUUGAGGGUCAAAGUGAGGAGAGCAUCGAGGCGGAGCCUCCAAGCAGCAGCUCCAGUCGGCGCGUGAAAACAGAAGGCGACGGAGACCAACGUGGACCGACACAAAUCGACGGCCUCAUGGCUCCGCUAUCAGACAGCGACGACGUAACGUCGCACUCGCCUGACACUGAGGAUGACGAUGGCGAUGAUGAUGGUGAAGGAGAUAUGGCACGUCACAACAAAUGCUGGGAAUGUUCGCAGUGCGGGAAAACAUUUAGUUCAAAGAGGACCUUGCACGCUCACGCAAGAACACACACUCGAGAGAAACCCUUCGCCUGUUCAGUUUGCGGUAAAAGCUUCGCUCUAAAGAAACAUUUAACAGGACACGCAAGAAUACACACUGGAGAGAAACCUUUUGCCUGCGCAGUUUGUGGGAAACGCUUCUCCGUAAAGUCGACUUUAACAACGCACACACGAACACACACGGGAGAAAAACCUUUUGCCUGUUUAUUUUGUGGUAAAGGCUUCUCUGUAAAGAAACAUUUGACGGGACACACAAGAAUACACACUGGCGAGAAACCUUUUGCCUGCUCAAUUUGUGGUAAAAGCUUCUCUGUAAAGUCAACUUUAACAACGCACACCAGAACGCACACGGGCGAAAGACCUUUUGCGUGCUCGGUUUGUGAUAAAAGCUUCACUAUAAAGUCAAGCUUAACAAAACACACACGGACACACACUGGUGAGAAACCUUUUGCGUGUUCAGUUUGUGGCGAAAGAUUCACUGAAAAAGGCACUCUGGGAAGACACACGAGGACACACACGGGCGAAAAACCUUUUGCCUGCCCGGUUUGUGAUAAAAGCUUCUCUGUCAAGUCAAGUUUAACAAAACACAGGAGAAAAACCUGUUGCCUGCUCAGUUUGGAAUAAAAGCUCUGCAAAGUC